GUGCAGUCGGAUAUAGCUGACGUCCGGGAGCUCCUGACCAAGCAGAGACGUGAAAUGGACACGCUGCGGAUGAUCGUAGAUGUGGAUGGAAACAUGGUUAACGAAAUGAAACUUUUACGCAAAGAGUCGCGCAACAUGAACUCCCGGGUCACCCAGCUGUACAUGCAGCUGCUGCAUGAAAUCAUUCGCAAGCGUGAUAACUCGCUGGAGCUGGCUCAGCUGGAGGGACGGAUCCUCAACAGCACGGCCGAGGCCCUGCGGCUGUCCGCCCUCUACAGGGAGCUGGAGGUGCGCUUCUCCGCGCUGGCCACGCUGGUCAACAACCAGUCGCUGCUGAUCGCGGCCUUGGAGGAGCGAUGCCUGCAGGUGUACAGGAAUCACCGCCGAGAGCCGCUGCCUCCACCUCUUGUGCAGGUCGUGCCUGAGAACAUCCCGGUGUACGUGCCUCGCUUCUCCAACGAGAUCCAGAGGAGUCAAGGCUGGCCCUUUUCAGAGGACAGGAGCCCCAGAACAGCUCCGGCACCGACGGGAGGUUCUCUUCAGGGUAACGUCAGCCUGGAGGGUAAUGAAGCCGUCACACAGCUCAUACACACACAAAACAAAUUGCAAUUAAAGAAUAAGUCACAUUUAAGCAAUAGAAUUAUCCUGAAAUACCAGAGGCUGCUGUGUCAGGACUGGAUUUCUAGGACCCUAGUUUUUUUGUGACAGUGCCACCUAGUCAGUUUGACUCCAUCAGACCUGAUACAGAAGUGACAUAAACAGGUGCUAAGAUUGGGCCCAUUCAUAUUAUAUUUUGAAUAGAUUUUUUAUUUUGUUUUUUUUUUGUCUUUGUCUUUGUUACUUGAACGUGUAAGGCUUUUGCGUUUCUCUCUUCCAGUUAUUCUAGCUGUACAAACUGAUGUUUCAAACUACCAUUAGUUAUCAAAUAAUCUCAUUUAUUAUGGCAAUCAUAAGUACACUUGUUAGCAGAG